UUGUAUAAUUCGAUCCGCUCCGUGCCGUGUAGCACCAUAGCUGUGCGUGAUUUAGUGAUAUCUCGGAAUCCGAGCAGAUUCAGUGAGUGUAAGUGCGGGAAACCUUUCCCUGUGCAGUGAUCGUGAUCGUGUUUAUAUCGGUGCUAAAUCCAGCGACGGAAUUAUUGCUAAAUAGUGAAAUAUUUCAACAACGCAUGCGUUUCUUGCGCCACAAUGACGCCAUCUUGAAGUGUCCACUUCAUCGAUAACGGACAUCCGUAUUCUAUCCGCUUUGAAUCGUAGAAAACCCUGAAAAUCAUCUAAUUCUACCGCAAAUGCGGAACGUUUUAAAUCCAAUCAUGCGAGUAAAUUGGCUUAUUCCAGUGCUUACAGUCGCGCAGUUUGCAAUAAUUAGCACUGCGACCAGUAACGCUCCUGAUAACGAUGAACUCUGGAAGCUGCUUCUCAAAGGAAAACUUGACCAGAUCAAAACAAAACAGUCGAUGGAGGCAGCAUUUACUCAAUCAGAACUGUCCAUUAGCGGCAAUAUCAAUUACGGUGAGGGUGAUAAGACAACCACCGUCGAAGUCGAACCGGGCAAUGAAGAUGACGUUGAACAGCUGUUCUAUGCGGGAGACUCGGCGGAGACGCCGAACGUGGGGAAGAUCACGACUGACGAAGAAGACGACAACGCGACGAUGUCCGCGUUGUUUAGUAGCGAUUGGGAAAGCUUAAUUGAGGCAGUUGGGGGAAACAACGACAACACUACUAGCAUCAGCGGUGAACUGUUUGAUGAUAACGAUGGAAUGCAGGCAGAUGGGACGGUGCUGGAUGAUGAAAUCAUUGAUGUUUUGCGGAAUAAGCCGGCGUCACGUGAAAUGCUAGAGUUGCUCGGAUUACUAAAGGAGAAAAACGAGACGCAGGAAAUGAAGGCUAGACUACAGCAACUGCUUCGACCGAUGUCCGAACGCAUAGCCCAUGGUUUGCCUAGCAUAUUGGAAGAGAAACCGGAUGCUUCGAGCCCCAGCGAAGAAGUGAUUUCCGUUGACCCAAUUGAAGCAGAGUCAUUGGUUUCGGAUGGAGUUCUAACUCCAUCAAUCAGCAGUAUCCUCAUACCGAAUAUUCGGAAAUCUUUGCCAUUCAUUCGCAGAGGCUACGAAGCUCCUGCCGAUGGACAGCGUAGUCUGGUGAUAGUAUUCGAUGCCACAGGAUCAAUGCUGGACGAUCUACACCAACUACGGGACGGUGCCAAGCUGAUCAUCGAUGAGAUCACUCAGAUGCAGAACAACCCGAUCUACAACUACGUAUUCGUGCCCUUCCGCGAUCCGCAGGUUGGCCCUCGUCUCGUAACGCGCAACAAGGACGAUCUUCAUCAAGCCCUAGAAAAUCUACAAAUCUACGGAGGUGGUGAUUGUCCGGAAGCCGCACUAGCUGCCAUAUCAGAAGCCAUCGAGGCAGCAUUGCCGAAUUCGUUCGUUUACGUCUUUACCGACGCCACGGCCAAAGAUUUUCAGCUUGAUCAACGAGUUCUCCGACUGGUUCAACAGAAGCAAACACCGAUCACUUUUCUGUUAACCGGUUUCUGCGACGGCAAAGACACUCCCGGACACAAAGUGAUGAAUGACAUCGCAGCCGCUAGCAAUGGGCAAGUUUACGACCUGCAGAAAGAUCAAAUUGAACAUGUCCUGCUAGGGAUCAAAGGGAUGAUGAACAUUGAUCACGUACCUCUCAAAUCGGUAGAUUCUAAGUCACCGGAAACUCACAAUAUCGACCUGAACGUCGACAGCACGUUGAAAGAAUUCAGCGUAAGUGUAGCAGGUCACCGCCCAAGCAUUGAAAUAAUUGAUCCUCAACAGAUUCCCUACCACAACACCAAAGCUGUCCUAGACCUCGAGAACAUCAAGGUUGUCAACGUAGCCGGACCGUCCCCUGGGAAGUGGAACAUCAAAGCCGGAUCCAAUUCGUCCCAUUCCGUUCGCCUAUCGGGAAACAGCGACGUCAAGUUCAAGUUCGGUUUCUCCAAAGCGAAACCCAGCUCCGUAGAAUCUCUCUCCCAUCAACCGGUACUCAAUGCGGAGAACAUACUAACCAUUCAACCAUCGCAACUGGAUCUGGUAGACAACCUCUCCCAUGUCACCGUAACCUCCCACGACUCCGAUGGUCCCGGUGGUACGUCGUUCAAAUUCAAACUUCCUCUAACCAAAACAACCCUAGACGACUCCACGCCAGUUUUCGUGACUUCAACAUUUCAAGCACCAAGGCAGAGAUUCAAGAUAUCCGUCUCAGGGAAGGACGCCACUGGAAACCCACUGGAACGUCUGAUCUCUACUGCAAUCCAAGCCGUGGGAUUAAGCGCUCCAGAGCUUUCCCUGGACUUCGCGGACAUCGAUUUGCUUGAGGGUGACGACUUUGAGAUAAAUUGCCGUGCGGAAUCGCUGGUACCCGUAUUAAUGCAGUGGAAGAAGUUCAAUCGACAACUAGUGGAACAACAUUUCGACCAAACGGAUACCCUGCGGCUGCAGCUAACGAACGUCACGACUAAGCAUUCUGGGCGAUACGCUUGUCGGGCAGCGAAUAGCGUUGGUGAGCAAGAAAUUCUGGCUGCAGUGCGAGUAAGGGCCCGACCGGAACCCGAAGUGAGUGUCUACCCCAAGGAUAUUGUAGCGUACGAGUCAGAAAGACUGAUAGCCCUACGUUGCAUUACGAAGAAUGUCGAUCCUGAAGCGCAGGUCGUUUGGAGUCACAAUGGAAAUAAGAUUGAUCGUGCCCUAGGUCAGGAAUAUCUUGAGUUGCACAACAUAACAUCGUCCAAUGAUGGAACGUACGAGUGUAGAGUGGAGUCCGAUGGUAAAAUUUUGUGGGAUUCUACUCAUCUGAGUGUAGAAUAUGCUCCAAAGGCACCAAGGACGCUAAAGGAUACGAUAUCGGCAGCGUACGGUCAAUCGUUGACGCUCGGCUGUGGGCUGAAAGCAAAUCCCGAGCCAACGGUUUCGUGGAGCUAUCGACCUUUGGAUGAAUCGGAUGGAAGACGCCUCUCGGAAACUGGAACCAGUCUUGUGAUACCGAACGUAGCUCCUGAAGUCGAGGGAUUCUACAUUUGCGAAGGGAAGAAUCGUCAUGGAACUGCAAGGAGAACGAUACUCGUUCAAGGGGAGGCGAAUGAACCACCGAGGAUUCCUAAGCCGGAUGAUAAAAUAUUAUAUUUUGAACCUGGAGCACGAGUAGUGUUGAACUGCUCCUGCGAUCUCUGUCAACCGCUGAGUGAGUACAUUUGGACAAGCGGUAAGCUGACGUUUGAAAGCAGUCCUUACGAUGUCCAGGGUAACGCCCGUGUCAGUUUGAACGUUGAUCAAUCCCGCAAUGCAGUUCUGUACCAGCUGACAAUCGACAACUUUGGUCCAGCUGAUCAAGGAAGCUACAGCUGUAUUCUAUCCAAUGCGCACGGAGCCGAUAGUUUUGUGAUGCAAGCUCGCUUGAUGGUAGCACCUCAGGUGGAUGGAAUAUUGAUCGACGAUGAACUGCAAGAGUUGCAGUUAGUGGGACUAGAGGACUCUGUGCACCAAUUGACUUGCGAAGCGACAGGGCUACCGGAACCCUCUCUCCAGUGGACACUGAAUGGGAAAACCUUGCAAGAAGGUAACCGCUUCAGGCUGUUGAACGAUAACAAAACCGUCUACCUGAUGGACACAUUUGGCGAAAGCUACACUGGAAACUACAAGUGCAUUGCCACUAAUCCCAUUGGAGUAUCCACCGGUGAAGUUUCACUGCGAUACGGAAGUGCACCGGUAUUCGUCGUUGUACCGAUAAACAACAUCUACGCAGAAGUUGGUCAACAGCUUUGGAUGGACUGCCAAGUGGAGGGCAUUCCCGAACCAGAACUGGUAUGGUAUUUCAACGAUCAAAUUCUCGAGAAGGAUCAGCCCUACGGAAUGACACUUGACGAUUCCGGUAUCUACAAAUGUACGGCGACAAAUGAGUUCGGACAGGUGUCGGCCAGCUCCACGGUUGUGGUUUACGGCAAACCGGAAUUCGUCAUCCACUCGAAAGAAGACGAAGCAAUUGCCGUAUCUAAAGAAGAAGACGUGUUUCUGGAUUGUAUAGCUUCAGGAUUCCCCGAGCCCACCCUCAGUUGGGCAUUUGAAGGUCAAACGACGGAAGAAUUAAAGAAUCUGGUAACAACCGCCACGGGACUGCAAAUCUCCAAUGUAUCAACUUCGAAUCAAGGUUCCUACAUCUGCAACGUUGAGAAUGCACAAGGGAGCAUUCAGAAGGUGUACUACGUAGCUGUUAAAGAAUCUCCGAGAAUCACAUCAACCAUCCCAGAUGACGUGGAGAUCUUGCCUGGUCAAGACAUUCAACUAGAUUGCACGGGUUCUGGCAAUCCUGAACCAAGACCUCGCUGGACCAAGAACGACAUCCUACUUCAAGACACACUCAGCUUGAAGAUCCAUUACGAUAGCAAAUCAGGCGGAAACUACACCUGUACUUUAGAAAAUGACCAAGGCUCAGAUUCUCGCUCAACGCAUGUUACCGUGCUCAAUCCACCGAAGAAAGCAGACAAUAUGUCAGCCAUGGAACCGAUAAUUGAAGCCAAAAUCAGCACUCCGCUAACUUUGGUGUGUCCGUUCGACAACUACGACAGUCUUCUAUGGCAGCUGAAUCAACGCAAUCUGGACAGCUAUCUGGAUCUGUCGGAUGUUCGCCUUCUACAAAACAUCCUCCAAAUCGAUAAGCUCCGUCAAGCUCACGAAGGAACAUACACCUGUUUCGUGGAGAACCCAGCUGGACGCAACAAUCACUCAUUCGUGGUGGGAAUUCUUUCUCCACCAGUGAUUCAAUCCGCUCACGACUACGUCGGUGACGAUGAUGAGAAUGACUUCGAAGACGGCGAUGAAGAAUUGGCAACCGAUGCAGAAGUCAGUAUCCUCAGCGGAGAACAACUUCGGCUUGUGUGUCACGCAAGUGGGUCACCCCAACCAUCGAUUUCUUGGAGUAAGGACGACACCGUGAUUAUCAAGGGAAGCGAACUGGUUAUCGAAAACGUAGAUACCCAUCAUAAUGGUUUAUAUACCUGUGUUGCGGAGAAUGAUCUUGGAAGUGCACGUAAGGUCUACCGUCUGGAUGUGAUGACUUCGCCAAGACACUGGGGAGAGGCAAUCGAUCAUAUUGAAGUGUUCAAGGACGAAGACUUGCAGCUGGAAUGUUCCAUGGAGGCCAAUCCACCGGCCAGUAUACAAUGGAUGAAGGAUGACGUCAUUCUUGAUGAGUUCGAAGAGGUGCUUGAGUUUGUUGAAAUUCAGCCUCAUGAUUCGGGUGUCUACACGUGCGAAGCUGAGAACAUCUUCGGAGCUGACGGGAAAAAGUUCCGAGUAACCGUGUACCAACCCGCGGAGAUCACAUUCUUCCCGGAGAACUUAACCGUCACUGCCGGUACCUCAAUGGACCUGAAUUGUGAAGCCGUUGGAAGUCCUCUUCCAGUCGUUAGCAUCAUCCACAAGGGAGAAAUCUUGGCAACAACGUCCGACCUUGACUACAGUUCGCUUACUUUCGACAAGUCCUACCGAGUAAAACCCAAGUCCUAUGCCAUCCAAACGCAACAAUUUAUGGCUACCAAACUGUCACCGUACGAAAUUCAACUUACGCUUGCGCAACCCAGUGCUGCAGCCAACACGGCUGGAAAAUAUCUCUGUCUAGCGCAAAAUGCCGUAGGUCAUGACGAAAGAUUUUCAAAAAUUGAAGUUCUUGUACCACCCUAUAUCCAAUUGAACAAACUAAAGAUGGGUCCAAACUUCUCCAUCCUGGAAGGACUACCGUUGUAUCUCUACUGCCCAAUCACGGGUCACCCGAAGCCGUCUCUCAGCUGGUACCGUAACUCCAAAACGAUCAAGUUCAACGAGCAAAUACUCUUCCUGACAUCUACAACCCGUAAAGAUCAGGGAAACUAUACCUGUCUCGGUGAAAACUCCGUCGGAAAGCAGGAGCUUUCGUUCUCGGUGAGUAUCCUCAUUCCCCCGACAAUGAUCAACAGCGUAGUGUUCGGAGAGGACGAAGCAGCCGAUCAACCGGCACAAGAAGAAAUCUUCAUUCUCAAAAGCGAUAACGUUACACUGGAUUGCGCCAGUCUAGGUAAUCCGAAACCGAAAAUCUUCUGGACCAAGGUGGUAUAUUUGGAUGAGAUGCUCAACGAACAGCUGCCCAACAUGGAAACGGUUCUUGAAUUGUACAACAUCGAAGCUACUUCAACGUAUUCUUGCUACGUUAACAAUACAGCCGGAUCGACGGAGAAGUUGUUCCACAUCGUAGUACAGUCUCCACCGAGGUUCCAGGACAUCGGAUACGAUUCCAAGCCGGUAGUAUCGCUACAUCAUAGUUUAGAUCUGAAUUGUGAAGUGGUGGGCGAUCCAGAAGCUGUCGUCACUUGGACGAAGGAUGGCACUGUGGUUGACAGUCAACGGAAAGGGAUAUUCCUCGCUUCAAACGGACAAAUUUUAAGAAUCUCCGGCGCCCAGUCCGCAGAUGCUGGGGAAUACCAGUGCGUUGGCAGGAACUUGCACGGCCAAGUCAGUCGGGAGUUCUACGUAACGAUCGAUGUACCGGUCAGUUGGUCUCCAUGGGGCGAGUGGAGCGGUUGUAGUGCCACUUGUGGAAAGGGAACUCAAUUCCGGUCCCGUAUCUGUUUGCUACUCAGUGGAUCACCGGCACAUGGAAAUCAGUACAACUGCGUUGGGGAGAAUGUUCAGGUUAAAAACUGCGAAAUGCUUCCGUGUCCCAUCAACGGAGGUUGGGGAACGUGGAGCAAAUGGAGCAACUGUUCGUUGGAUUGCCUUACCGAGUAUACCGGGCUCAAGUCGAUUCGCUACCGAAAUCGAAAGUGUGACUCUCCAGCGCCAUCGUUGGGCGGUAAAUCUUGCGUCGGUGAAGAGUACGAGGAGGAAGUGUGCAGCGUGAAGUUCUGUUCCAUCAACGGCGGAUGGACUCCGUGGACGAACUGGACACCUUGCAGUGAGACCUGCGGUUUUGGGCGAACGCUUCGUUGGAGAAGCUGUGCCAACCCGGCGCCUCGUAACGGAGGUCUGCCUUGUCAGGGAGCAGAGAGUGAGAUCAAAAUCUGUAAGGAACGGGAAUGUAUCGUAGACGGUGGUUGGUCCGAAUGGGGACCGUGGUCAAAGUGUAGCAAACAAUGUGGAGCUGGAGUACGCAGUAGGAAGAGAUCGUGCACUAAUCCGGAACCCAAAAACGGAGGCAAACAGUGCAAGGACGAAAACAUGGAGCUAGAGAAGUGUUCUCUCAAGUCUUGCAGGAACGAUGCUCUUCUGAAAAAUUAUGAAAAGAAAUCUUCCUAUCAGCGAAACUACUCCCCACUUUUGACGUACGAAUCCAAGUAUCCAGUCGACGAAGAUGAAGAAUACGAAAACAGAAGCCCACCUGAAGAACCGCAGAAGUUCAAGGUGAUUCGUAGCUUUGAGUUUGCCGAAGCCGCUCCGGUAGAGUACGUCGACGGGCCCGUUGAAGCAGAUUUCGAAGAUGACCUAGAUGGUCAUCACAAGAUUACCGUUAGCUUGAAGAACACAGUUAAUCUAACGCAAGACACGGCGGCCUACAAUCUUAACUUUGGAGGUGUUAGCAACUCCGUGCAGGUCAACUGUGUAGCAGGAAUGGCCUACAAUAAGACGCUGGGUCAAUGCGUAGAUACGGACGAGUGCAAAAGCGGUCAUCAUGGCUGUACCUUGCCGGGACAGAUUUGUGUGAACACCAAGGGAGCCUAUGAGUGCGCAUGCGCUCUCGGUUAUCGAAUUUACGCAGAUGGUUGCGUGGAUAUUAACGAAUGCCGUGAAGGCAGUCACGAGUGUUCGCACUUCUGCGAAAACACUCCUGGUGGACACAGCUGCUACUGUCCGGCAGGGUUCCUACUGUCCAUUGAUGAACGAACCUGCACCAGACGAAAGACCAGAGAAGAACCGGCGUUCAGUGUGAUGAAUUACGUGAUGAUCUGCCCGGAAGGAUACCAGUUGGAAGGAAGCAAGUGUAUUGACAUAGAUGAAUGCCACUUGAAGGAAGACGAAUGCAACAAUGGUCAGUCUUGCCUGAAUACAAAGGGUUCCUACUUGUGUGUCCCGACCGGUUGUCCCGAAGAAUACGAAGAAGACGAGCAAUUUGGCCAAUGCUACCAGGACUGCCGUUACGGAUCAUCCGGUUCCGGUAUAUGCCCAGAUGGAGCGCUCAUCGAGCAAACACUUACAUUUAGGGUGAUUUCGUUGAAAAAAUACUCUCACAAGCAGCCCAUAGCCAUCCUGUCGAUCCCAGCAUUCCAGCAUGACAGGACAGAAGCUUCGUUCAGUUUGCUGGAGCGAACCUACGAGCAUGUUUUCAGACUGGACAAGACACCGCAAUCGUCCGGUGCGGUUUACCUGUACGGGAACAAGAAAUUCCAACGGGGUAAGAUCUACAAACUGAAGGUGGUUGCCCGCGCGUUUGGCAUGGAAUCCGGCGUCAUGGACUAUGCCCACAGGUUUGUGGUGUAUGUGUACUGUGUAGAUUGAGGUUAGAGUUUAGAUUGGAAUUUUUAGGUUAGUUUUAAG